AGCGACGUUUAAAGCAGCAGUCGGAUCGCCGGGGAGUCCCGCUCCCUGUUGUUGGCGGACUCCCACCCUUCCGCGCGGCUCUAGGAGAAGCGGCGGCGCCAGGAAGCAGGCAUGGAGAGUAGGAAACUGAUUUCUGCUACAGACACCCAAUACUCUGGAAAUCUGCUUAACUCCUUGAAUGAGCAGCGUGGCCACGGACUCUUCUGUGAUGUGACUGUGAUUGUGGAAGACCGAAAAUUCCGGGCCCACAGGAAUAUUCUCUCAGCUUCUAGUACAUACUUUCAUCAGCUCUUCUCAGUUGCCGGGCAAGUGGUUGAACUGAGCUUUAUCAGAGCAGAGAUCUUUGCUGAAAUUCUCAAUUACAUCUAUAGUUCUAAGAUUGUCCGAGUGAGAUCCGACUUGCUUGAUGAGUUAAUUAAAUCAGGGCAGUUAUUAGGAGUGAAAUUUAUAGCCGAGCUUGGUGUCCCAUUGUCGCAGGUGAAAAGCAUCUCAAGUGCAGAGCCCUUACCUCCUGGUUCCAAUGACAAGAACCUCGAGAUGCAAAAAUCAAAAGAUGAAGCUCAAGAUGCUGGGACCACGGUCAUGCCUAUUAUUACUGAGUCUUUUUCCUUGUCUGCUAAAGAUUACGAAACAAAAAAGAUCAUUGUUACUGAUUCUGAUGAUGACGAUAAUGACAACGACGAUGAGGUCAUUUUCUGCUCUGAGAUUCUGCCUGCAAAGGAGUCUUUGCCGAAUAGCACCCCACAGGUCCAGCCUAACCCAGGCUCUGUUGCUAUUUCGGAUGUUGCACCCUGUGCUAGCAAUGAAUCUACCCCUAUAGCAAGUAUCACACCAACGCAGAAACUGAUGCCUUCUGUGAAUCAGGUAACACUGAGCCAAACACCAGGAAGUGAGACCGUGCUGGGCUCUUCAGCCCCAGCACAUCUGACUCCCAACAUCAUUUUGCUCAAUCAGGCACCACUGACUGCACCACCAAGUGUCACUUCUUCGCUUCCAACCCAUAUGUCCCCUUCAAUCAAUAUACUGGUGCAGAACCCACAGCCACCCAACAGUGCUGUUUUAUCAGGAAAUGGGGCCCAUGAAGAGGAGGAAGAAGAAAUCAUAGAUGAUGAUGAUGGCACUAUUAGCUCCAGUCCAGACUCAGCUGUCAGUAAUACAUCUUUGGUCCCUCAGGCAGCUAUCCCCUCAAAUACCACUUUUGAUGGAUCACUGGUACAGAAGAUGCCAAUGCCUACACUUCUGCAUGACCCACUUUCCAGUUCAUUAAAGAUUUCAGAUAUAAUUACUAGAAACACUAAUGAUCCAGGCUUAGGCUCGAAACAUCUAAUGGAGGGUCAGAAGAUCAUUACUUUAGAUACAGCAACCGAAAUUGAAGGCUUGUCCACUGGUUGUAAAGUGUAUGCAAAUAUCGGUGAAGAUACUUACGACAUAGUGAUCCCUGUCAAAGAUGACCCUGACGAAGGGGAGGCCAGACUUGAGAGUGAUAUGCCCAAAACCUCUAGCAGUGAGUCAGCAAACAAGCGAAUGAAAGUGAAGCAUGAUGAUCACUAUGAGUUAAUAGUAGAUGGGAGAAUAUAUUACAUCUGCAUUGUCUGCAAAAGGUCAUAUGUCUGUCUGACAAGCUUGCGGAGACACUUUAACAUUCACUCCUGGGAGAAGAAGUACCCAUGUCGCUACUGCGAGAAAGUGUUCCCUCUGGCUGAAUAUCGUACAAAACAUGAAAUUCAUCACACAGGAGAGCGAAGAUAUCAGUGUUUGGCCUGUGGCAAAUCUUUCAUCAACUAUCAGUUUAUGUCGUCACACAUCAAGUCAGUUCAUAGUCAAGAUCCUUCUGGAGACGCCAAGCUUUAUCGUUUACAUCCAUGCAGGUCAUUGCAGAUCAGACAAUAUGCCUACCUUUCGGAUAGGCCAAGCCCUAUGCCUGUAAUGAAGGAUGAUGGUAUUGGGUAUAAGGUUGAUGCUGGGAAAGAACCUCCAGUAGGGGCCACAUCUGCUCCAAACAAGCCAAUGACCUGGGAUGAUAUCUUCACUCAGCAGGAAAAUGAUUCCAUUUUUAAACAGAAUGUAACAGAUGGCAGUACUGAGUUUGAAUUUAUAAUACCAGAAUCUUAUUGAACUCCUUCGAAAUAGCAGAAAAUUUUGCCUUGGAUUAGGGUAAGGGGUUUCAGAAGACUGGUAACACAAAUUAAGGUGACAGUGAGUUCACUUGAUUGACCGUAUCAUCAGAAGGCAGUUGGAUUAUUUGCUGAUUUUUAGAAACAACAUUUUCUGAAAGUUUGAGUAGCAAUUGAGCAUUUCUCCACCCCCACCUCCAAGUACCUGUUUAUGUAGUUAGCUUUCAAUUCAGUUGAAAGGUUAAAAAAGUGGGGGUGGUGGAAAGCUUGGAGAGAUAGUUUUCUGACUAGAAUUUGAAGCAGUCUGAAUGUUUUUUGAAAAGAAUUGGAAUUAUUAGUAUUCCCUAGUACACCUUACAACUUUCCCCUUCCCUGUUAGCACUUUACUGCCAAAUUCUCAAUUUUGUUAACAUCUGAGACUAUAAAUGUGUGUUGUGUCUUGUAUAUGGCAUAAAAAGGUUGUUCUGGAGAUUCUCAGAACGCUCCCACUUGGUUGUGUAUUCUGUUAAUCAAAGUAGAUAGCAAUCUCCCCCCCAACAAACACACACACACAAAUGGCCAUGCAGACAAGUCAUCUGAAGACUAAAUUAGUUUUAGCUAAUUAGAAUUGAGUACUGUUCUUAGUUGCCACCAUCUGGAAAAGACGUAGGUGGCUGGACCACUAUAUCUGCCUUUGCAAUGUAGUCUGGGGGUGGGGGUGAGAUAGUAAUGGAAAAACAGAUCUCCAUGAUGCAGGCAAGAAGAGAUGAAAAGAUCUGUUUCAUUUAUUUUUAAGUCUGCAGUCUCACAUGUUCAAGACAGAGUGGACUUGAGGAAAGAUUUCCUUUUUGCUCAUUUGAGUUGAAAUAUUCCAAUUUUUUUUCUUUCAAAUUUUGAAUCUGAAAGCCACCAAAUGAACCUUGACAAUAUGUAUAACUCUUUUCAAACGAUCAUUUCCACAAAUUAAAUUCGUCCUAACAUACUUCAGGUGGGAGGCUCCUGGCAUUUAUUUUUAAAGUAUUCAUAUUAGAAAACUUGGUUAACAAAAUUCAUUUGACACAGCUGAUUCAGUGGUCUAGUAUUUUCCUUUCAGCAAGACCUUUUAGGUUUUAACUCUUUGAAAAUAAGUUCAACUCCAUCUGCAAAUGGCUGAAUAGUACAGCCAUCGGAAACGAUAAAUGGAAUGUUGUGUACGCUUGUCAAUUACACAAUUAGCUUGCUAAAUACCACCUUUAUUCCCUUUAAAAUGGCACAUAUUUAAACACUUAGAAACUAAAAUCCAAACAUAAUUGUGCUAGUACUGAAAGUGUGCAGAUGGGAAUAAAUAUAUAGCCUAGCAUUUAUAACAGAAUUGUUGAACUUCUGUAAAUGAUUUUCUUUUGCAAAGGAAAAAAAAGUUAAUAGAUACUGAACAAUGAUUGUUGUGCAUAGUCAUUAGUCAUUUGUAACCUUGUUUAAAUAUUAAUUUAACAUAGGUGUUUUCUUUGUCCUAGUCAUGUAUUUUUGAAAAAUAGCCUAUUUCUUGACUUUGAACUUAAAGCUUUAAUCAUUGUUUCUUAUGUGUACGUUAUUCUGCUGGUAAGCUACACAGGAAGCUUAAUGGUCUCAGUGCUUCUUGAGGGUGUCCAGCAUCAGUAUUUGCAUUAAUUACAAGGAGAAAAAAUACAUAUAUAACCCUUUGCAUACCAAGGGGUUGAGUGUGAUGUGUAUCUGUUUUCUGUUCUGUUGAGUCCAAAAGUUCAAAGCAUUUGGUAGACUAACCCUCAGACCUUUUGAAAGCAGCAUGUAACUUAAGGCUGUGAUCUCCGGAAUUACCAUAUCUUUGCAGAUAUUAAUAGUGUUACUCUUUGACACUAGGUUGCACUCUGAAAUGUUUUCAGUGGAGACUUGAAGUUUCAUUUGUUCUAAUUCCCCAGUGAUACAUAAUUGCUUCUACAUGUGAGAAGGAACUGAGGAUGCCAAGAGAACUUCCAGACUUCUCAGACUUAAACUGCUAGAAGAAUCAGUGUGUCAUAAUAAAAGGUGGUCAUUUCUCCUAACUACCUGUUAGGACAAAUGGGGCUUUCUGUAAGGGAAAACUAUCCAAUCUGACUAAUGUGGCUGUAACUAUUGGCAAGUGCUGUGCUCUGUGUGAAUCCUGAAUAUUAAAUUCAAACUGCAUAUUAAAGGUAUUUUCUGGGUUUUUAACCAUUUUUAAAUGCUUUUUUGUAGUGGGGCUACAAAAAAAUUUAUAUAUAUAUACAUUUUUUUGCCAGAUGACUCUUCCUUGCAUAAGUCUCAGGGUCUGCAGGAUUUUUUCAGUCUGCAGUUUUCCUAGAAUUUUCCAUGUCCAAAGUCUGGAGUUCUGGGGGAAGAGUCCUUUAGGAAAUCUCUAGCAAGACUGGUUUAAAUGUAGUGUGAGGUGCUUCUGUUUCAGUUUCUUGGCUAUCAAGCUCCCCCCUUUUUCCAGGUUGGCAUUGCUCCUUGGCUCAAUAACUUGUAAAUAUUCCAGAAAGGUCCUAUUUGUAAUAGUCAGUUGUUAAAUGACGAAAGUGAAAAAUCCUUGCCAUUAAGCAGAGCAUUGAAAAUGCUAUAGCAAUCUUGCAAGACUAAAGUGAAAAAAAAAAAUCCAUGGUCCUUACCAUUUUGGCAGUGAAAAUCCCUCCUGCCCCAGAGCUUUUCUAAGGAAUUAAUGCUGCAGUCCCCGCCUCAAAAAAAUUCACCCCAAAUCAAACAAGUGGCCAAACUUAUCAAGGUGCAUCGUCUUCUAAGGCAUGCAGACUCUCAAAAUUAUCCAGUGUGAACUCAGCACUCCUGCCUUCCUCCGCUAUCAGUUAUGUGCAACCUUGCUCGCUUCCCCCAGUUCUCUUAAGCUCAGACUUGUACAGGUUUCUUUGUCAGGACUUUUAAGUCUGACUUUGCAGAAACCAUUCGCGGCUAUAGUUCGUAGAACUUCUUGAUGGCAAAAAUAAAAUAUUUUAAUUCUCA